AUGAACAACGCCUGGACACCGUUCAUCUAUUACACAUUUGGCGACAGCAAUAUCCAUGUUGGACUCAUGUCAGCUUUGAACGGUUUGUUUGAGUUAAUAUUUGCUCUGUUGGGCGGCCACCUGGCCGAUCGAGUUCUUGGACCAUCGCGAACGUUGCAACUUUCAGUUCGGUUUGGGAUUUUCGCAUUGUGCUUCACUCUGUGCUCUGUUUGGUCUGGCAACUGGUGGAUGUUGAUAAUUGCCCAAUCGCUCUAUGGCACGUACAUGGGCUUGAGCUUCACAUCGGUCGAGUCUGUUUUCGCACAGUGCUUGCAGCAGGGCGAUCGAGAUCGUAUGUACGGCGUAAAGUUCAGCUUGGAGGCAGCGGGCCCGAUUGCCGGUCUUGGACUCUCCCUUGUUCUCUUUGCCUUUUUUGGCAACACGUGGCGUCUCGAAGUGCUGCGGUGGGUGAUAGCCGCCGGACUCGUGCUCCAUAUUGUGUCGAUGGAGGGUUUCCUUGCACGCUUCAAGCCGCUCCCAAGCCACCUGGACAGAUCCCCAAGCAACGACCAGGCGGCAGCAAACCUGAGCAGCCCGGUGAGUCCCUACAAUCAGGAGGAACAACGUGCAUUGUAUGUCGAGGAGGAAAUUGCGGUGUGCACCGACAGCAGCGCCGUCAUCGCCCCUACUACCUCGUCACCACUGCCACAAUUGAUACCACUGCCGCCGCCGCCGCCGCCGCCGGAGAGCACGCGAGAGACAGGUUUAUGUACGAAUUUUACCUCCGAUUGUGGCGAAAAUGAGAAGCCGACAAAGAAGAAGAGGUGGAUUUUGAAGGAUCCCUGUUCGAUUCCAUUGGAAUACUACCCCUAUGUGGUUGCAUUAGCGGACGUUGUGACUACUUUAGGAAGCGGCAUGACAACGCAGUACUUCUCUCUCUUCAUGAUGAAGAUCUAUUUCAUUUCGCCAAUCGGCAUGGCUUUGCUUGGUAUUGUGACCGCUAUUCUGAUCUCAGCCCUCGCCAUCAUCAACGCUUCCAUAGGGCGGAGGAUUGGGCGAACACGUGCGCUUAUGUUUCCAAAACUUUCGGCCACAUUCAUACUGCUCUAUAUGGCCCUUGCGCGUGGUACAACCGCGGCACCCACCUGGAUGAUGUGCAUCGCUUACGUGGCGCGCAUGUCCUUAAUUAACUCCACCAUGGGCCUUAGUAGGGCCCUCAUCAUGGAUAUAGUCUCGGAGGAGCGGCGCGGUAUGUGGAAUGCUGUAGAAUCCAUUCAGUCGGCAUCGUGGUCCGGCACUGCAGUUGUGGGAGGCUACUUGGCAGAUCGACUCGGGUACGGCGCGGCCUUUAUUUUCACAUUUGGCUUUCACUUGACUGCGUGUUUUAUGAUCGCUCCAUGCACGAUGAAAAAUGACACAAAGUUGUCAUUAUUUGCCAAAGGAAAUGGGGCGCAACUUGAGCAAAAAGAUUCGUUUUUGCCUAGCUCAUCAUUGAGCGAUCAGAAAGUGUUCGUUGUCAAAGAAGUGACUGUACUUGAUAUCGCUGUCGCAGAAGAAGAAAUGGAGCUGGGCAAUCACGAGCGAGAGCCAGUGACACCGCCAUCGAGUGCGGCACCGUUGAGGGCUCAGUCGUGA